AUGGAAGAUAUUUUCGAUACUAAAUCUCUAGGCGUUGAAUGUUCCCCGAGAUGUGGGAGUUGUCGCUGUGGACGGUGCCCAAUUGGUGGGAAAAGCUUCACAUUGAAGGAGGAGCGGGAAUUAAAUUUGAUCGAGGAAGGAUUGACACAUGAAGGCAAUCAUUGGGUUGCGCGAUACCCUUGGAUUAGGAGCCUGGAUGAUCUACCAAACAACAAAGAAGCAGCUUUGGGAAUGCUUGGGUCUACAGAAAAAAGAUUGCAGAAGAACAAACCGCUUCUGGAAACGUACGAGGAGCAGAUUGAGGAUAUGGUACAGCGAGGUGUUGCAAGGAAACUCACACAAGCAGAAAUUGAAAACUAUGGCGGCCCAGUGUACUAUCUAAGCCACCACGAGGUACUUAACCAGAAUCCACAUCCACGCCUUGUCGAAUAGUCUUCAAUUCGUCAGCGAGGUUUCAGGGACAUUCACUAAAUAACUACUAGGCUAAUGGACCAGAUCUUAUGAACAACCUGCUCGGCAUACUCGUGAGAUUUAGAGAAGGCCCAGUCGCAUUUGUCGGCGAUAUACGGAAGAUGUACCACGCCAUAAAGAUAUCAGUUCUCGAUCAGCACACUCAUAGAUUUCUUUGGCGAGAUGUGUCGCAGGAUAGUGGGACAAGUACUUACGUCAUGACUUCCGUAUCGUUCGGUGACAAACCUGCAAGAAAUGUCGCCACAGUUUCUCUACGCAAAACAGCGGAAAUGCAAAGAGACGAUCUUCCGAAUGCAUCGGAUACCAUCCUCAGCAACACUUACGUUGACGAAAUUGCAGAUAGCGUGGAGACUAUGGUAACAGCACGAGAGACAACUGGUCAAAUUGACGAUUUGGUCAAGGUUGGUGGAUUCCAAAUCAAGCAUUGGAUCUAUUCAUCAGUGAAUGUGAACGAUGACAGCGCAAAUAGAUCACUGGGAAGCAAGUCCGUAUGAGAGAAGCAGAUACAAAAUACAGCUGCAUGCUCUGAAGGGGAUGAACAGAAAGUUCUUGUUGUACGCUGGGAUUCAAAUGGGGACGAAUUUUGUUUCAAAACGCAACUUAACUUUAGCCCAAAGAUUAAGAAACUACGAAUUGAACCAAAUCUCACUGAAGAACAAGUUUCAGCGCUUAUUCCUCCCAUACUAACGAAGCGGAUGGUGUUGUCGCAGAUUAACGGAAUAUACGAUCCACUUGGACUCGCAGCUCCAUUCACCGUGAGGGCAAAGAUACUUAUGAGAAAAUUGUGGAUAGGAGAAUCGAAAGACUUGACCUGGGACGAUCCAAUCCUUGCCUCGUUAAGAGAAGAGUGGUUGCGAUUUUUCAUUGAACUUUUCAACAUGGAAAAGGUCAGGUUUAGAAGAUGGGUGAAACCAGUCGGUGUUGUUGGCAACCCAGCCCUCGUGAUGUUCAGUGAUGGAUCAGACCAAGCAUACGGUACAUGUGCGUAUGUAAGAUGGCAGCUUGAAAAUUGGACUUUUGCUGCCAAUCUUCUAGCAGCAAAGAGCAGGGUCACACCAAUUCGAAAGACGACAAUCGUUAGAACGGAGUUGAACGGAGCGUUGCUUUCGAAAGGCUCAGUGCUUUUAUCAAAAAAGAAUCUCGGCUCAUCUUCGAGAAAUAAUAUUUUUUCGUGGACUCGGAGAUAG